GCUGCACCAACAUUUCUUUUGAUGAUUGGUGAUGGACAAUCGGUAAAGAGAUUGUGCAUUUGUAUCUUUGAUCACAUAAGAAAGCCUAAAGAUAACUGCACUGUGGGCUUCUAGGGUUUCUGGUCUUCACUGUUGGUGGUGGGACUGGUUCUGGCCGUGGACCUCUAUUAUCUACUCAAGCCUUACAACAGUGAUUUAAUUUGCAAGAUAUUUUAUUUAUUUAUUUUUAAAUCUUAUCAAAUUCAGGAGUACAGUUGUCAUUUCAUACGCAUUUUUCACAUACAUCCAUGACCACUUAUUACCGUAGUUAAUGUAGUAAAUGCUGACGGUGUGAGAUGAUCAAACAUAGUCAGGCCCACAUGGACUUUUCGUAAUUUCUUUUACUCCUUUACCUGGCCCACAUGGACUUCAGUGCCCACAAAUGUGGAUGUUUCUAAUGUGGCUAUUUCCAAUAUUGUUCUGAUGAUGGCCAAGACAUAGUCACCAUUUCUUGGGUGAGAUUGGCAAUGGAUAUCUUUCCUUUCAUCAUCUUUUACUCACUAAUCUCAUUCUCCGUCUUAGAAUUCUCCACUGCAGCUGAUACUUUAACUCCAUAUCAAUCAAUCACCAUUGGUGAGAGUUUAGUAUCCUCAGGCCAAAGCUUCGAACUGGGCUUCUUUUCUCCCAGUGGUUCCAAGAACCUCCUGUUCUUGGGAAUAUGGUACUACAAAAUUUCUCCACAAACUGUGGUGUGGGUAGCAAACAGGGAAAACCCAAUUACAGAUUCAUAUGGAAAUUUAACUAUCAGCAACGACGGAAAUCUCGUGCUAUUCAAUGCCACAAAGGAUGUCAACUGGUCCUCAAAUUCUUCAACAACUGUGCAAAGUUCAUCCGUUGCACAGCUACUAAAUUCUGGAAACCUUGUCCUCAAAAAGAAGAGUACUGAUGCUGAUACAGAAAGUAGCUACAUAUGGCAAAGCUUUGAUUUCCCAUCAGACACACUUUUACCUGGCAUGAAGCUCGGAUGGAACUUAAAGACCGGCCUAAAUAGAUACUUGACAUCAUGGAGAGAUGCCACUGACCCAUCUCCUGGAGACUUUACUUAUGGAGUUGAAAUUACUGGGAUUCCUCAGGUUGUUCUUUGGAAGGGAUCAUCAGAGAAGAUGUUCCGCUCUGGGCCAUGGAAUGGAGUUCGAUUUAGUGGUACUGGUUGGCGGUCAAGCACGGUUUUUAAACAUAGUUUUAUAUUCAAUGCAGAUGAGGUGUAUUAUAUUUACGAGUCUAGCAAUGACUCGUAUUUUACAAGACUUACACUGAAUCAAACUGGUAUUGUUCAACGCUUCAUCCUGAAUGAAGGGAGCUCUGAAUGGGCUAUUAUGUAUACAGUACAGAACGAUCCUUGUGAUGGUUAUGGACACUGUGGUGCCAACGGUAUUUGCAGAAUUAACAAUAGGCCAAUAUGUGAGUGCUUGGAGGGGUUCAUUCCAAAAUCACAGGAAGAAUGGGAUCAGCUUGAUUGGUCCAGCGGAUGCGUGAGGAGGACAUCACUGGAUUGCCACAACGGGGAUGGAUUUUUGAAACUCAAAAAUGUGAAAUUGCCAGACCUGUUAGAGUUUUGGCUGAAGGAGAGUCUGAACCUUAAGGAGUGUAAGGCAGAGUGCUUGAAGAAUUGUUCUUGUACAGCUUAUGCUAAUUCAGAUAUCAGGGGAGGAGGGAGUGGCUGUUUGAUGUGGUUUGACAAUUUAGUUGAUAUUCGAGAGUUCAGUGACAGAAAUGGCGACCAAGAUAUCUACAUUCGAAUGCCAGCUUCGGAACUCAAGCAUAAUCAGAAGGAGAAGACACUGGUGCUGAUUGUAGUGGUAUCAACAGUUUCUGGGGUGGUUGUCCUCAGCUUGUUAACUUGGUGUAUAAUUAAGACGAGGAGAAAGAAAAUAGGUAUGAAAACUAAGAAUGAAGACAUUGAGUUACCAUUUUUUGAUCUGGCCACUAUUGCAAAUGCCACUAAGAACUUCUCUUCCACAAAUAUGAUCGGAGAGGGUGGUUUUGGUCCUGUUUAUAAGGGUAUACUAACAAGUGGACAAGAAAUAGCAGUCAAGAGGCUUUUGAAUAAUUCUGGACAAGGUGUACAAGAAUUCAAAAAUGAAGUUAUUUUGAUUUCCAGACUUCAACACCGGAAUCUGGUUAGGCUAUUGGGCAGUUGCAUUGAAGGAGAAGAGAGGAUGCUAGUAUAUGAGUACAUGAGGAACAAAAGCUUGGAUUAUUUCAUUUUUGAUAAGAAUAGAAGACUAGAGCUUGCAUGGGAAAAGCGAUUUGAAAUUUGCAUUGGCAUAUCAAGGGGACUUCUCUAUCUUCACCAGGACUCAAGAUUAAGAAUCAUUCAUAGGGAUCUCAAAGCCAGCAACAUUUUACUAGAUGAUGAGCUAAGCCCCAAAAUUUCAGACUUUGGGAUAGCAAGAAGUUUUGGGAGAGAUGAAAUUGAAGCCAAAACAAAGCGAGUAAUUGGAACAUAUGGUUACAUGUCGCCGGAGUAUGCCAUUGAUGGAAAAUUUUCAGUAAAAUCUGAUGUAUUUAGUUUAGGUGUGCUUUUACUGGAGAUAGUGAGUGGCAAGAGGAACAGGAGAUUUCAUCAUCCUGAUCACUAUCAUUCGCUUUUGGGACAUGCUUGGUUGCUGUGGAAUGAACAAAAAGCCCUGGAACUAGUGGAUACAUGUUUGGAAAAUUCAUACAUUGAAUCUCAAGUACUAAGAUGUAUUCAAGUGGGACUACUAUGUGUUCAGAAAUUGCCCAAAGACAGACCAACAAUGUCAUCAAUUGUUUUCAUGUUGGGUAAUGAAGGUGUAGCAUUGCUUCAACCCAAACAACCUGGUUUCUUUGUAGAAAGAAGUUCCAUUGAUGCAGAGACAUCAACAGGUGAGAGUUGUCAUACUGAAAAUGAAUUGACAGUAACAACAAUGGAAGCCAGAUAGAAGGUUUUUUUUUUUUUUUUUUGCCAGAUAGAAUUUGUGACUAUUACAUAUUGGUGUACAAGAAGGGGAAAAAGAAGAAGAAAGAUUGUAAUGUAUGUAUAUGGAAUAUUUUAUUUUUGAAAUCACAUUCUUGUGAGAAGAGGGUUGACAUAUUCUCAUUUUUAAUUUUAUUUUUUUUUUAUUGGAGAGAUUACUUUGCCAUUUCACAUUAAAUUAAAUAUACAUAUACAAUUAGAGGAAUUAUUUAUUGGGAAAAUUACAUAUAAAUGGAGUUAAAGUUCCAUAUUUACUUAGAGGCUGAGUCAAAGUUCCAUAUUUCUCUAAAAUGGAUUGCUGAGGUGGCACAUGGUUUUUUACUGUUUAGAAAUUGUGAUGCCUAAAAUACCCUUCCGCGAAGGUACUACUUUUUCUUCGAAGGUACUACUUUUUUGAACUGAAGGUACUACUUUUUGGCGUCCAGGUACCAUGUUUUUUAAACACUCGCGAAGGUACUACUUUUUCUCCGAAGGUACUACUUUUUUGAACUGAAGGUACUACUUUUUUGAACUGAAGGUACUACUUUUUUAUUAGGGAAGGGCAUUUUAGGCACCACAAUUUUUUAAACAGUAAAAAAUCAUGUACCACCUCAGCAAUCCAUUUUAGAGAAAUAUGAAACUUUGACUCAGU